UCCUCCUCCUCCUCUCAUCCAUCAUUCCUCCCCGGAUAAUAGACCAUCGCUGUGCGUCACUCCUUCAGUGCUUCAUUCCCUUCAUCUCUCGGCUCACCAUCCAUCCGGCAGCACAAUGGACAGCACGGUUUCAGCCUACUCUGAGAAGCUGAGAGAGAUGUCGGUGUUGUCUCUCAUCUGCUCUUGUUUGUAUUCCCAGCCUCAUCCCAACACCUUCGGCCAGUUUGAAGACAUGGAGGUGAAGUCCCUGAAUAAGCGAGCAUCUGGCCAGGCGUUUGAGGUCAUCAUGAAGAGCCCGACUGACCCGUCUCCUCCAGAGAGACUCCAGGCGCUGGCGCUGCCGGCCCAAAAGAAGGAGCCUUCGCUGGGGGAACUGCAGAGGAGGCUGGAGGCCGCCGAGGAGAGACGCCGGUCCCAAGAGAAGCAGGUCCUGAAGCAGUUGGCGGAGAAACGGGAGCGUGAGAAGGAGGUGCUCAACAAGGCCCAGGAGGUCAACAACAACUACAGCAAGAUAACCGAGGAGAAACUCCAACACAAAAUGGAGCUGAUCAAAGAAAACCGCAUGGCCCGUCUCAACGCCCUCAAGCAGCGUCUGAGAGAGAAGGAGAUUCAUGCUGCAGAAGUCCGUAAGAAUAAGGAACUUCACACUGAACUCUCUGGCUAAGGACACUCUCUGACGCCAGAGCCACGAGACAUCCAGUCAUGGCGGCAUUUGGAGGAAAUGUCAUUAUUUGGCAACACUGUCUUAAGAGGUCAAAUCAGACUCACCUUAUCAGUUUUCCUUAUCAAUAUAUGUCUGAGCAUAUAACAACAUCCCACAUACACCACGUGGACACAAGUAUGUGAGCACCCAAACUUCAUACGUGCUUGUUGAAUGUUU